GGUUUUCCUUCACUCUGCUGCUCCGGUCCCUAUUGUCCUUCCCUCAAGUCUGCGCUUCUCCUCUCGGCCUUGUCAUCUUCUUCUCUCGUCGCCUCCUCGUUCUCACCCUCCUCCUCCGCAGUCUGCUGCUGUGGACUCGACGGACCCGCGACGAGUCCAUGCACCGAGUGUGGACUCCCAUUCAUCUCCGUGCGUCCGCAGCAGCUCGGUCCCUUCUUCGCGUUGAUUUGUUCCGAUUUUGAAACCGACAAAGUCUGAGUCCGACAAGAGAGAGGCUCGAGAGCUUCGCCCGUGGAGUAUAAUCUGAUACUCGACCUGAGAGUCCGGGCACAAACUGGAGGCUAAGGGCUCUGACUGAGCACAUGCCGAGCUAACAGCAACAGCAGCACGUGACUCGAACACGAUUGUGUGAUCUAUUUCUCCACCACUUUCGGACCGAAGAGAAGAAUGCAGCGUAGCCGGUGGUGAAUUGUUACAAAGAUGAUGAGGAUCAUGGGAUCCAGAAAGACCUUCAAUGCGGUCAUUCUGAUCGUAUUACAAAUUCUCCUGCUGCUGCCGCAAUCCACCGUUUCUGAAAAUGAAGGCUACGGCGAAGAGACCUAUUUUACAGAGCUGCGCAGACAGUACUUCAUGUCACCCUUUACCAGCAUCAAGAGCGGGACUCGUACCCGAACCAACCAUACCAUGUUACCUCUGGGCUCUACAGGCCAGUGUCAUGUAUCCGCUAACUCGGGCGGUUCUCUCACGACCAGACCCGAACCUUAUCUUCAUGAUAUCGAUCCAGAUAGCCCACCAACCCCUCUGAGUACAGUAUUGGUAUGGACUGCGCUCGAGCUUGUGCAAGCACUGCUGGCUGGCAACCCAACGAUCGUUGUUGCAAGAGAUAUUGACGUUUCCGAUUCAGUGCCUCUGCCAGAAAUCACGAGCAAAGUUACGAUCAUGGGCAACUGCUUGGGAGGGGAACCUUGCGAGUUGGAUGCUAGGUGGGUAGCAAACCACUUCGUCGUGGGAUUAAGUGGGUACCUGACUCUCAAAGAUAUCGAGCUUCGUAAUGGAUAUUGCACACAUGGAGGAGCUGUUCUUGUGUCUGGUAUCGGUGCAAAUCAAUUUGGUGCCGGCGGGAAGUUCGUGGCCUUCCAUGUUCACUUCUUCAACAAUACAGCUACUGAAGCCGGAGGAGCUGUUGCUGUUGAAACUGGUGGCUUAGCUUACUUCCACAGCAGUCUGUUUUUGAUGAAUACGGCUCCUUUAGGAGGAGCGAUAUACAUAGGAUCUUCCGACAGUUUCCCGAUGGCAGCAAGCAGAGAGAUGGAAGUGGUGCCGAUGGACGUCAUCCCAAUGAUGACACCAGGUCCAUCUGCUGUGAAAUUGUUGGCACCAGCGCCAUCCACCAUGAUGAUGAAGGAGCCGCAAAUGAUGAGCCCAAUGGCGGACUCACCAGCCAUGAACGCUAUGACGCCAGCUCCCACGCCCAUGACGCCAAUGAUGGUCCCCAUGCCCGCAGUGAUGCCUUGGCAAACUGUACCAGCUCCUGCGCCAGCUCCCAUGGAGGAAGCUAUGCCGGGAUGCAGCCUCAGCAGUUGCGCUUCAUCCGUCGACAACAUAUUCUUGAUGAACUUUGCCAAUAGAGGAGGUGCUAUAUAUGUGGAUGACACUUCUCAGAGCUGCGAAGAUGAUGCCACCGGUGGCGCGAAGAUCGAUGUUCUGAACACGCGCUUCGAAAACAACUCAGCCGUGGAAUCUGGAGGAGCGGUUUUCCUUGGUUGGCGUACUGCUGGUGCCGUCGGACACAUAAAGAGCUCGGACUUCGUGAACAACACUGCUACGGAUGCUGGAGGAGACAUUACGUUGGACAAGGCCCUGUUCAAUGACACUAGGGGAGUUGAACUUCUGGCUUAUGACACCCAAUUUUCAGGAAUGGUGUUGGGCCCGGAUGGAGAACCAGUUUCUCAAUCUGUGGAUGUCCAAGCACUCGCAAAUGCCACUUUCAGUCGCUGCUCUUUCCCGACGGCCAAGAACCCAGUUCUGUGCGGAGGUAGCUCAUGUGACUUCUGCCCCAGCAAAGGUGGCAUGAUGAGUCCUCCAGCAAUGGGACCCGCAAUGGAACCCAUGCCAAUGGAAGAGUUUAUCCCAUUUCCAGAGCCAGGAGGGCCGAUGCCUGCGGGCGCAAAGGCCCAUGUAGCCCUGCCAGGGUCUUUAAAAUACGAGAUUUCACUACAGGAAGGCAAAAUUGUGAAGCGAUCGUAUGCGCCGCUGGGUCAUUUGGAUACGGAGUGUCCAGUUCCUCCAUCUGGACUCUGCGGUUGGACACCGCAAGAGUGCCUGGCCUCUCCACCUCCGCCGCCUAGCCCUCCCCCGCCGCCGUCACCCCCUCCUCCAUCACCCCCACCACCCAGUCCUCCGCCACCGUCACCACCUCCGCCCAGUCCUCCUCCGCCAUCACCACCUCCGCCUCACUAUCACACAAGGUCGCCUCCUCCACCAUCGCCUCCCCCUCCACCAAGUCCUCCUCCUCCUCCUCCUCCAUCUCCUCCUCCACCCAGCCCACCGCCUCCAAGUCCACCACCUCCGAGCCCUCCCCCUCCACAUUCACCACCGCCGCCCAGUCCUCCUCCUCCACAUUCCCCUCCACCUCCGAGUCCUCCACCUCCCAGCCCUCCACCUCCGAGUCCUCCACCUCCCAGCCCUCCGCCACCGAGUCCUCCACCUCCCAGUCCUCCUCCUCCACCCAGUCCCCCACCUCCCCCUCCUCCAUCACCACCUCCGCCUCCACCUUUCCGUCCGUGCAUCAAUGGCCAAUGUCCUCCUUGUCCGGCCAGACGACCUCACAAAGGUAGCAUCAAGGGCGAUCCCCAUUUCAUCGGUAAACAUGGAGAGCGUUUCGACUUCCAGGGUAGUAGCGGCCAUGAUUACUGUGUGGUCUCUGACAGGAACAUUCACGUCAACAUGCAUGUCUUCCCAGGAAUCAAAAGAGGAACAACGUUUAUAUCAGAGAUCGGGUUUUUGUAUAAAGACUCAGAGAUCUUCAUUGACGCACAUGCGCGUACGAAUGCCAGCUACUUUUCUAAGCAAUGGUCGAUGUUGGUGGACGAUGUUGAGAUAGCCGAAAAUGGAUAUGUGUCUACGAAAGAUGGACUUACAGUACACCGUUCAGCUCGAGGAGCCCGCAUUACAGUUCCUGGAGAGCUAGAUGUGAACGUGACCAUAGUGGCGCCUUCAUACGGUCCACGCGGAUCUGGAGCCAACUCUAUCAACUUCAAGGUGGAUAAGAUGAAAGUAACGCCAUCAGUACAUGGUGUACUAGGUCAAACGUAUCAAGAAACGAAACAAACCUACAAGAAGCUCCAUGAUGCGAGAGGGAAACAUGGUCACAAAGCAUCCGAAGCUCUGGUUGAUGGCAACAUGGAGGACUAUCUCACCAGCGAUAUCUUGACCCCAGACUGCAAAUAUACUCAGUUUGAGGGACGCAAGAACAUAGUGAAGAGGAUACACAGGGUUCUGAUGAGUACAGCUGGAGUUAUUUUCUCUUCAGAUGCUGGACAAGAGGAAAUCGUUGACAGUUGUACUGGUUUUGGUCAUGAACUGGAUUGCAAGAUGGAUCUUGACUUCUAAGCCAUUUCAUAAGUCGGCAAUGGUUGAUUGCUAUAUUGCUGGACCGACACGGAGAAAUAUUUUGUCUUUUGCAGCAUCAUGGGAGGUUAUGCCAAGAUGCUUGAGGCUGCAACAUGUACAUCUACCCCACUAACCCUGGGGUCUAUGUCUGUAUGUUAGACGUAGUUCGUAGUUUAUGUACUGGUACAGUACAUGUUUGUGUACGAUGAGGUUUUGUACGGUUAUAUUGAUAGCUCUAGACAACUUUUAGACUUUUAGGUCUUUCGAUUCUGACUUCUUUCCGUCCUAAUUUCCUCCUUAAUUAAUCUGCCAAGUAAACUCUGACGGUCAUGUACAUGCAAGCACAGACCGGUGACACUUGUCAUUGUACUUUGUACCUUUUCUUUCAUGAAUACAAAGUGGUUUUGAUUCAG